AUGGUUGCAAGUCGAAUGAUUCGUAUUGGACGCUAUCUUCGAGCGUUGCCACGAGAACUGUGGAACCUUUAUCCUGAACAAGUUGCUCUCUUCUCAACGUUCGGCGUGGCAGGUGCUGUAGUUUUCGUGUACAAAGUAAGGAAGUAUGGUACUGAAGGAAUUCAGCCUUACUAUCGAGGACAUUAUGAAGUGGUUAGACCAAGCGACCCAGUUGCACUGAACUGGCGCCCUCCAGAGGUUAUACUUAGUCCAUUUAUUUAUAGGUAG